AUGGAUAAACAUCAACUGGAGUGGCCACCGGUAGCAUUCGCCAGCUGCGGUUUAUGGACGGGCGACGGUCGUAUAAUGGUCAUUGGAAGAGAUGGAAGAAUAGGAGCGAUCAGAAGAGGAAGUCCCGUGAAACUUUGGGAAACAUUGCCUGCACCAGCUGUAUCUAUUUCCGUUCUUACUUCCGGAGGAGCGGCGGUAACUGUGAUGGACGGUACUUUGGUGGGAUUUUCAAAAAGGGGCAUAAAGCUGUGGAGUAUCGGUAUUCCUGGUAUAAUAUUAGAUCUAGUGAGUUUACCAGUACCACAAAGCGGUCUGUCCUUGUUGGCCGUAAGCACAGCGGGGCAUGGAGUUCGCAUUUAUGACGGAAAACAUCACGUGGAUACGGUGAAGAUUAUGGAACCCGUAUCUGCUCUUAAG